UGCAGCUGCUGCCCUGCCAACAGAGUCUGCUCGGAUCUGCACCCAUCCUGAAGGACCACAGAGAUGUCAUCUCAAAGUAGCUGCUUCAAGAUGAAAUGUGAUAACCUGGUCACCUACUUGAGGAUUAUUGGGACAACACUGUUUGGUGUCUCGCUGCUAGUGGGAAUCUCUACUGCCUACAUCAUGGGCUAUCAGUUCUUCACGACUACAGGCAAUUACCUGUCCUUUGGUCUUUACGGAGCCAUUUUGGUCAUUCACCUCAUCAUCCAGAGUUUGUUUGCGCUGUUAGAACACAGAAACAUGCGGCGGUCCAUGGAGACACCAAUCAAACUCAACAAAUCACUGGCACUUUGCAUCGCUGCCUACCAGGAAGACCCCAAUUACUUGAGAAAGUGUUUGAUAUCAGUUAAGAGGCUCACCUAUCCAAACAUCAAGGUCAUUAUGGUGAUUGAUGGGAAUAAUGAAGAUGACGGCUACAUGAUGGACAUCUUUCGGGACAUAAUGGGCCGGGAAAAGGCAGCCACCUAUGUCUGGAAAAAUAACUACCACCACCUAGGGCCAGAUGAGAACGAGGAGUCAUACACCGAGAGCCUGCAGCAUGUCGCUCAGCUGGUGCUCAACAAUAAGUGUGUGUGCAUUAUGCAGAAGUGGGGAGGAAAGAGGGAAGUCAUGUACACAGCCUUCAAAGCCCUGGGGAAGAGUGUCGACUAUGUGCAGGUGUGUGACUCGGACACCAUGCUGGAUCCUGCUUGUUCAGUGGAGAUGGCAAAGGUCCUAGAGGAAGACCCCAUGGUGGGAGGAGUUGGGGGAGAUGUACAGAUUCUGAACAAAUAUGAAUCAUGGGUGUCCUUCCUGAGCAGCGUGCGCUACUGGAUGGCCUUUAACAUUGAGCGAGCCUGCCAGUCCUACUUCGGCUGUGUGCAGUGUAUCAGCGGCCCAUUGGGAAUGUACAGGAACUCUCUUCUCCAUGAGUUUCUGGAGGACUGGUACAAUCAGACGUUCAUGGGCAGCCAUUGCAGCUUUGGUGAUGAUCGACAUCUCACGAAUCGUGUGCUAAGCCUUGGCUAUGCUACUAAAUACACAGCACGCUCCAAGUGCCUGACUGAGACUCCUAUCACAUACCUGCGCUGGCUCAAUCAGCAAACACGCUGGAGCAAGUCAUACUUCCGAGAGUGGCUCUACAACUCUAUGUGGUUCCACAAGCACCAUCUGUGGAUGACCUACGAGGCAGUUAUAACUGGCUUCUUCCCUUUCUUUCUUAUUGCCACGGCCAUCCAGUUGUUCUACCAUGGUCGCAUCUGGAACAUUCUUCUCUUCCUACUGAUUGUACAGGCUGUGGCACUCAUCAAGUCUUCGUUUGCCGGCUUUUUGCGAGGCAACAUCGUCAUGGUCUUCAUGUCUUUCUACUCAGUGUUAUACAUGUCCAGUCUUCUACCAGCAAAGAUGUUCGCAAUAGCCACGAUAAACAAGUCCGGUUGGGGUACUUCGGGGAGGAAGACAGUAGUCACAAACUUCAUUGGCCUCAUCCCCAUCUCAGUCUGGUUCACAAUUCUAUUUAUCGGCAUCCUGUAUACCAUUGUCCAAGAGACACGAAAACCUUUUCCAAAUUCUGAGAAGAUAGUCUUAAUAAUAGGUGCAAUAGUGUAUGCCAGCUACUGGGCUGUAUUUUUGACUUUGUACAUGGUUCUUAUAGCAAAGUGUGGCAAAAGGAAGAAAGAUCAGCAGUAUGACAUGGUGCUUGAUGUCUGAUGUCUCUCACUGUGUUGUCCCUCCCAACUCAAAGUUUACAUUGUGAACAGAAUGUUCUGCUAUUGGUUCUCCAUAGGUGACAAAAAUGACUCCAUCAAAGAGAGCUACUAUUGCUGCUGUGACUUGAUACCACGGACAUUUCUUUGAAAUUAAUAAGGAAACACCAAAAACCCUAAACAAGUUUCAAAUAGUUGAUUUCAGACUGUUACUUUUAUACUUUUUAUAUCAAAAACCACCAACUAAACUUUCUUUUCCUUCUCGUCCAUGAAACUGUUUAUUUUCUAUGCACUUUUAUAUAUUUCUCUCUUUCAUCAGACAUGAUGCUUGACAAAGAUCUCAAUGAACAAAUACCUCACUGGUUAUGUUUGCAUUGUGUGAUUGGGAUGCAGUCAUGGCUCAUUCUUUUAAAAUAAUUUAUUGUGUUUUUUAAACCUUGUUUUAUAUAUAUAUAAAUAUAAAUGUAAACUUUUUUUAAUGAAGGCCAAACAGAAUGUGUUGGGCAUGCUGUAUUUUGUACUUGCAUAUUGUAUUUCUUUUCCUUUUAUAUAGACAAGUUUAUUUUUGCUUAGCCAUGAAAGAUUCUUUAUUUUCAUGUUAAAAAUAUAUGAGAAAAUGCAUUGUGCAUUUAACUGUUAUUACAACGAAUUGUGCAUCCGACCAAAAAAAAUGUGAAGCUGGGUUUCGUGUUUGCAUUGAUCACAAUAAAAUGCAAUUCUAGAAACAAGUGAUUUACAAGGAAGAAGACUAACCUGUGUUAUUGAAAAGUAUUACCUGACAAGAAAACCAGCAUAUUUAUAAAAAUAAGAAUAAUUUUUUUUAAACACUCUGUGGUUCAUUGUUUUAUGCCUGAUUUAUUGUAUUUAUGUACAUAUAUCUGGCCUGUCAACUGUUACGAAGACUGAUCAGCAAUCCAUCACAUUUCAGACAAAGUAUUUGCACACAGAUAAACACACGUGGAUUUCUAAACAUGUCCAAAAUCUAAUGCCAUGACUCUACUUUGGGGUAGCAGUAUGACAUUUUCUUCAAUGUGAUGUGUUUUUAUUAUUUAUGAUUUAAAUGAGCCUAUUGACAAGUAUCUAAUAAUGCUGAUGCUGAUGAGAGACAUUUGAAUACUAGAUGUGAUGUCAAAUGAACUGAACUGUAAACUCAAUUACAGACAUGUUUUUAAACAAUUUCUAAGCUCAAGAGCAAGUACAUCAACUGAGGGCUGGAAUUUAAAAUUGACUAUGAAAGUAUUUUCUUGUAAUCUAAUUAUGCAAAAUGUUAUGUAGGCAGUAUUAUUAUAAAGCACUUUUUGUGUUUGUGCCAAAUUCUUUUACUAUGCAUACAUAAUGUUUUUUUUUUCCUGUUGUUUCCUUUUUACACAUUAUGUUUUGAUUUGAAUUUGUUUUUCUAAUAAAAUAAUUUGACUUCAUGGUCAAUCUGUAUUUUUUAUUUUAUUUUUAGCAUUAAAGAAUUUGACUUUAUGGAUGAAGAAAGUAGGAUCUCUUGAAGAAAGUAUUAUGAUCUAUUUGGCCAGCAUGAGGGGGAUUUCCUCUGUUAGUCUGUUAGUCUGUGUAUUACAAACAGGGAUGAGGAGAAGAACAGAGAGCUUUAUCUCACACUGCAUUAUAAGAAUUACCAUGGUGAAGUUUGUUUACAAUACACAAAUAGGGUGGGGUGGGAGAAACCAAAAAUUUGGUCAAGACAUCAACAAUGUCUCAUGAAUUAAAUGUGAUGCCAUUUUCUUAUAAUACAGUGCUGUUAAAUGCCUGAUUCUGAUUGGUCAGGAAGUGUUUUCAAUAACAGCAUGGCUCUGACAAUAGCUCUGGUUGCAUGGUUUAUAUUAAUGUGCACAUUCUAAUAUGUUAUUGUUACUAUAGAAACAGCUUACACAGGGACUUGUACAGCAACAACUCCACAUAAAAACAGAUUUAAACUCUCUGUGUAAUUGUUGAAACGUUUUCGUGAGGUGUUUAUAUAGCAUUUUUGGAAAGACUGUAACAUGUCAGGACUUUGUAACAGCCAGAGGUAAAACUGUUCCUUUAAGUCUUCCAACAUGGGAAACUCUUCCAGACAGAGGGAUUUUGCACUUGG